AGGACAAAGGUUUGUUAAAGCUGCAGCCGGCGCCCCAGCAUUGUUUCCGGUGGCUACAUGAGCGGCGUGAGCGCGGAUGAGACUCCAACAUGGACAUCAGGCCGAACCACACCAUCUACGUCAACAACAUCAAUGACAAAAUCAAGAAGGAAGAGCUGAAGCGCUCGCUCUACGCGCUCUUCUCCCAGUUCGGUCAGAUCAUCGACAUCGUGGCCAUGAAGACGAUGAAGAUGAGAGGACAGGCUUUCGUCAUCUUUAAAGAGCUCACCGCCGCCACCAACGCGCUGAGGCAGCUGCAGGGCUUCCCCUUCUACAACAAGCCCAUGAGGAUACAGUACGCGAAGACCGACUCCGAGGUCAUCACCAAGGCGAAAGGCUCGUAUGGCGACAAGGAGAAGAAGAAGAAGGAGAAGAAGAAGCCUCAAGAGCCGGCGGGCAACGUCACAAAGAAACCAGCAGGGGGGGCGGCCCCGCCUGUGCACACACCUGCAGUGCAGGUUCCAGAUAACCCUCCGAACUACAUCCUGUUCCUCAGUAACCUUCCCGAGGAGACCAACGAGAUGAUGCUGUCCAUGCUGUUCAACCAGUUUCCGGGCUUCAAAGAGGUGCGACUCGUCCCGGGGAAACACGACAUCGCCUUCGUGGAGUUUGAAAGCGACACUCAGGCGGGCGUAGCAAAGGACGCGCUGCAGGGCUUCCGGAUCACGGCGACCUGCGCCAUGAAGAUCACCUACGCCAAGAAAUAGUCCCUGCAUCCAAUCAGGGACGGGACACAGAGACUGAGUGGGAGGUUGGGUGGGGGUGGACUUUUUUUGUUGUUGUUUUUUUUAAGUAUAUUUUCUUUCAUUCACAGCUGAGAGAAACGCCUCAGGCCUGAUUCUUAUUUUAUAAAAUAAAAGAAUAAAAUCAUUUUUUCAUA